ACCAAAAUAUCCCUCCUUUAAUUCCUUUCAUCCACCAUAAUUUUCAUCACACUCCCAAUUCUUCACCAUCAUGUUUCCUUUCUUCUUCUCCUUUCUCAUUUUCCUCUCUUUUUUCCCCUUCACAAUAGUCUUUUCCUCCCAUUGCACAACCUCAACAUCCACAAAAAAAUUUGAUAAAUGUAUGCCACUCCCUUCACAAGAAGCCUCUAUUGCUUGGACUUUCCAUCCACAUAAUGCCACUCUUGAUAUUGUAUUUUUUGGUUCAUUUAUUUCUCCUUCUGGUUGGGUUGGUUUUGGAAUUAACCCAAGUUCAGCUGAAAUGACUGGAACUCGUGCAUUAAUAGCCUUUCCUGACCCAAAUUCUGGCCAACUUGUUCUAUUACCUUACAUAAUUGACCCAUCAGUCAAGUUGCAAAAAAAUCCACUUCUUUCAAAACCUUUAGAUAUUCAUCUCUUAGCAUCUUCAUCCACUUUGUAUGGUGGCAAAAUGGCUACUAUACACAAUGGUGCUACAAUUCAAAUUUAUGCCACGUUAAAACUUGUACAUAACAAGACCAAAAAUGUACACUUUGUUUGGAACCGUGGGAUUUAUGUCCAAGGCUAUUCACCUACUAUCCACCCUACUAACAUCAACGACCUUUCUUCAGUAGCCACAAUUGAUGUCCUUUCAGGGUCACAAGCAAUUUGUCGCAACAAUUUUUUGACCCUGAAAGAUGUUCAUGGUGUUAUAAAUGCAAUUUCUUGGGGUGUUAUUCUUCCUGUAGGCGCGGUCACAGCCCGUUACCUAAGGCAUAUUGAGUCACUAGGACCAGCAUGGUUUUAUGCACAUGCAGGGAUACAAUUAUCAGGAAUUUUACUAGGAACUGUUGGAUUUGCAAUUGGUAUUAGAUUGGGGCAACUUUCACCAGGGAGAGUAUAUGGACUUCAUCGAAAACUAGGGAUCGCGACAUUUAUUUUGGGCAUGUUACAAACAUUGGCCUUGUUUUUUAGGCCUAAAACUACAAAUAAAUUUAGGAGAUAUUGGAAAUCUUAUCACCAUCUUGUUGGAUAUGCUUGUGUGGUUUUAGGGGUUGUGAAUGUCUUUCAAGGAUUUGAAGUGAUGGGAGAAGGAAGGUCUUAUGUUAAAUUGGCUUAUUGUUUGUGUUUGUCCACGUUAAUUGGUAUUUCUGUGGCAUUAGAAGUGAAUUCUUGGGUUGUUUUUUGUAGAAAAGCAAAAGAAGAAAAGUUGAGAAGAGAAGGAUUAAUUGGGAGUUCUGGAAAAUUCAGUGGAUCAAGUCAUGGUUGAUUUAAUUAUGGAAAAUUUAUUGUAUCACAUAUAUGUCAUUAUUUUUUUUUAUUUUUUUUGAUAGUUCAAAAUAUUUGAACUAGGAUUUUGCUUAGUUCUAGUGUAAUUUUCUUCAUACAGAUGAUCAUUGCUUCUCCCUAAACAAAUCCUUUUACUGCAUUCUAUAAAUUGAUUUUGCAACCCAAUUAAAUAAA